CCGCGGCCCCGCCCCCGCGCGGGCACCUCCCCCUUCCCCGGCCGGGGCGGCUGGAGAGCCGGGAGUUGCUGGGUGCGUGGGGCUGCCUCGCCGCGCCUCGCCACGGGCUCUCCCAGCAGACAGCCUUGGCACACAGGCACAAGGGCUGGAGCCCAGAGAUGAGAGUGCCCAAGGGAGAUGUGGGCCUGGCGGGCUGCCCGCUAACCUGUCGCUGAAGCCCCAGAAGCGGGCCCUCAGGCCAGGCCUACCCCGCCUCCGGCCCAGCAUGCGCCUGUCGGUUCGGAGGGUGCUGCUGGCAGCCGGCUGCGCCCUGGUCCUGGUGCUGGCGGUUCAGCUGGGGCAGCAGGUGCUAGAGUGCCGGGCGGUGCUGGCGGGCCUGCGGAGCCCCCGGGGGGCCAUGCGGCCGGAGCAGGAGGAACUGGUGAUGGUGGGCACCAACCACGUGGAAUACCGCUACAGCAAGACCAUGCCGCUCAUCUUCGUGGGUGGCGUGCCUCGCAGUGGCACCACGUUGAUGCGCGCCAUGCUGGACGCCCACCCCGAGGUGCGCUGCGGCGAGGAGACCCGCAUCAUCCCGCGCGUGCUGGCCAUGCGCCAGGCCUGGUCCAAGUCUGGCCGUGAGAAGCUGCGGCUGGACGAGGCGGGGGUGACGGAUGAGGUACUGGACGCCGCCAUGCAGGCCUUCAUCCUGGAGGUGAUUGCCAAGCACGGAGAGCCGGCCCGCGUGCUCUGCAACAAGGACCCAUUUACGCUCAAGUCCUCGGUCUACCUGUCGCGCCUGUUCCCCAACUCCAAGUUCCUGCUGAUGGUGCGGGACGGCCGGGCCUCCGUGCACUCUAUGAUCACGCGCAAAGUCACCAUCGCGGGCUUUGACCUCAGCAGCUACCGUGACUGCCUCACCAAGUGGAACAAGGCCAUCGAGGUGAUGUAUGCCCAGUGCAUGGAGGUGGGCAAGGAGAAGUGCCUGCCUGUGUACUACGAGCAGCUGGUGCUGCACCCCAGGCGCUCACUCAAGCUCAUCCUCGACUUCCUCGGCAUCGCCUGGAGCGAUGCUGUCCUCCACCAUGAAGACCUCAUUGGCAAGCCCGGUGGUGUCUCCCUGUCCAAGAUCGAGCGGUCCACGGACCAGGUCAUCAAGCCUGUUAACCUGGAAGCACUCUCCAAGUGGACUGGCCACAUCCCUGGGGACGUGGUGCGGGACAUGGCCCAGAUCGCCCCCAUGCUGGCUCAGCUCGGCUAUGACCCUUAUGCAAACCCCCCCAACUAUGGCAACCCUGACCCCUUCGUCAUCAACAACACACAGCGGGUCUUGAAAGGGGACUAUAAAACACCAGCCAAUCUGAAAGGAUAUUUUCAGGUGAACCAGAACAGCACCUCUUCCCACUUAGGAAGCUCGUGAUUUCCAGAUCUCCGCAAAUGACUUCGUUGCCAAGAAGAGAAGAAACUGCAUUUAAGUGGAAAUCGGACCUCUAAUCCAAGCAUAUUGCUUGCUUUUAAUCGCCAAAACAGGACUGCUGAUGAGGAAUGUAUUUGCAUAUGUUUGCAAAAGCUGAAUCAUUGAAAACGUACCUCGAAACUCUCUAUCUCUGGACACUCCAGGGUAGAGAACGAAGGGUGUAGAAGUAGUCCGGCUUUUGAAACUUAGGUAUUUUAUAUUUUUUCCCUCAAGAACUUUUUUUUAAGAGACAGAUUUGCCAUCCUCCUUAAUUUGCAGGACUGCCUUGGUGGCUUUGUUUGCUGGGACAAGGCCCACAACCUGUGCCUCUCCUAUUGACCCUUACUUUGAAUUCAAAGAAUCUAUUUAAGAAUUUAAUAUAUGAGGUUUUCUUUGAUUCCCCCUCAGUUCUACCUAGUUUCACAGAGAAAAAAAAUACUCUUUGAAUAAAGUGAACAGAGGCUCA